AAGAAAGAAUCCCACGCAAUAUCCACAACACCACCUCAAGACACCCGCCACCACAAAUCCACGAGAAUGCAGCCAUGAUCGGCUCCUUCCUCCCCCUCCCCACCACCACCACCUCCGGCCGCUGCCUUCCGCCCCGCCCCUGCACCAUCCUCCCCUUCCCAACAGCCCCGCUCCGCCUCGGCCGCCGCCGGAUCCGCGUCUCCGUGUCGUCGGAGAGCAACGAGGAGGGCGUGGGGAGCACCAACGGCUCGCUGCCGGGGCUUCCCCCCGUGGGCGAGGAGGAGGAGGACGACGAGUCCUGCCCGGUGGAGUGCGUGACGGAGUUCAAGACGGACGAGGAGUUCAGCCGGUUCCUGGAGCGGUCGAGGGCGACGGGCGCGCUGGUGGUGGUGGACUUCUUCCGGCCGUCAUGCGGCAGCUGCAAGUACAUCGAGCAGGGCUUCAUGAAGCUCUGCAAGGGCUCCGGCGACCACGGCUCCCCCGUCAUCUUCCUCAAGCACAACGUGAUUGACGAGUACGACGAGCAGUCGGAGGUGGCGGACCGGCUGCGCAUCAAGGUGGUGCCGCUCUUCCAUUUCUACAAGGCCGGGGUCUUGGUCGAGUCCUUCGCCACCAGGGACAAGGAGAGGAUCACCGCCGCCAUUGCCAAGUACACAUCGCCUCAGCAGGAGAAGGAGACGGAGACGGAGCCGGAGGAGUAAUUUCUACUCCAAAUACAUACAGACAUCAAGAGCCAUCUAGCUAGACUGGUAAUCGAGUGGUCUGCCAAAAUGAACCUGCAUUGUAGCAGGAAGAACUGGGAUUGGUUGUAAUAAUAAAGCAGAGCAUCAUGAGAUAUAGUUGUAAACAGAGAGAUCGAGGUAGAAUGGCCGAGGAUGGAUCCUGCCAUUCCCGAUCCAGCGACCCCCCCGUUGUAAACAGGCAGACCUGAUCAUUUCAACACCUGAGUUCUACACUGUUGUUGCUGUUGUUGUCAGAAAACAGAGUUCUAUUGUAUUCUAUUCUGUUUCUGCCUCAGAGCAAAGUUGAAAUGGAUGUGAUUCACGAUUGCUUGAUGAAAA